CGCGCUUUAAGCCCGAGGUAUAGCUGCUGCGAUAUGCAGGCUAAGGCGGGUUCUUGUCUGCCUCGAGCGCAAAGCACUCGUUUGGUCUUCUGGUCGAUCAUCACCCCUGCUACUGCUACGGCAGAUGCUCCUACUCGCAGGAUUCCGCUUGUAGCCGAGAUCAGCAUUGCUUCCAUCUGCAGGCCUAAUCAGCAGACUUGCUCGCAUGAAGAUGCAGAGCAUGCGGGAACAGAGCACCUCUUAGUGCGCUGGAUGCGCUAUCUCUGGCUCCGCUCUAGGUCCUGCGCUCUGCGGCAAUUGAAGGUACAUCAUCUUGGCCUAUCGGUGUCAACUGCCCCUGCCUUCUUACCAGCUCGCCGUCCCCAUGACAGUGAUGGAGAGCAGCAUGAGGCUCGUCGAGAAGCAGUCCCCUGCAACCAACAUCCGCGCCAUUUGACUAUCUUCGCCACCUGCCAUGCAGCACAGCUCGCCCGGACCUUCGUCUCAUCGCUGCAACAUUGUCGACCAGGGUUUUCACGAAGCUUUGCGAAGUGAGUUGAGAGCAGCGCUGACAAUCGGCCGGCCUGCUCCGAGGGGCGAGUGUGGCCGCGGACUGACUUGCCUAAGCUACAUUGGGCAGCGCGCACGCUCACAGAUCCCUACAGACCAACGAGAUGUAGCGGUCAGCUUUGCCUCAGAGAACCGCGGCCGAGCAUUCACAGGAUCUCUUUUGUAGCAUCUUUUCACACUUGUCGGGUCCACACGAACCCCGAGCAGUCACUUCCAGCAGCCGGCAUCCACAAGCACUACUUGGGAGACAAUGCCGCCGAACCCUCUGUCUCCGCGCUCGCCUCGAUGCUGGGCAGCGUGCACAUGCAUCUCAGUGCUUUAACAGAGAGCACAAUCUGCCCACAGCGCACGCUGCAAGAAUCGAACUUGUCGCACAGGAGGCGGUAGCCGGCCUCGAGGGCAAGGAGUAUGUCGGCUCAUCAACCAGUGACCAAUACCGGGAUACCAAGCGAUUUGCAAACAACGUCAGCGCAAGCGCCAGUGCAGGGGGCCAUGCUUGUAUGAAGGAUAUCGCUGUGGCUCAAGCAGAGACGGAAGCUCCUCGGCGAUGCAGCAUCAAGUUGUGAAGCGGGCAUGCACACGACGCUUCGCUGAGCUUUGAGGUGCGCCAAAGGUCCAGAUACUCAUACGUCGGCUGCACGCUUGGGUGGGCGAAGCUUUUAUUGAUUGGAACACAGGGCAUACACGGAAUCUAGAGCUUAGUCAGGUCCGUACAGAACCGGGAGCUCUAAUUUGUUAGGGCAGAGGGCAUAGACGGAAUGUAGGGUGGAGUCAGGUCCGUGCAGAAUCGGACGAGAACGAGCACGGCGAGGAGGUGACUUCUGGAAGCCAGACUGCUUGCAGGAGCUAGGUGAGCCGCCUGAUAUUGUUCUCGCCACAAAAAAUGUUGCUCCACAUCGACAUUUUGCUGAAGCCUCUCCAAUUCGCGCUUCGUGGGCGCCUAUGCUUGGCUUUGGUGGCUGUCCUGAGAGAUGCAAGUAUCGGCCGAGCUUCGAGUCCAAUAUCGACCAGCGUGGAGCCAUCAUCACCAAAUCAUCAUGGUGCACCACUCUCGUGCCCUGAGCUCGCACGGAUAGCCUCUUAGGGCUACUAGCAGGCGACCUCUGCGGCUAUCUGCUGCAACGAACCAGUCUGUAUGCUGCCUCAUCCUGCGAGCUUCUGCAUAUCACGUCAUCCGCCAGGUUCGACAUCGGUGUCUGGUCCUGAAUGCUGACCAUCAGACGCAGGAUGCGACUGUUCCCGCCCAUUCAGCCUCGAUCUCGACGCGAUGCUGGCACGAAACGACAAGUCCCUGCAAGGACCCGUACAUCGAUCAGCUUGGUGCCUGGCUUGCAGCUUCACUCAGCUCCUAUUUUGGUGCUGCACAUCUCACCCAGGGCUCGUCACGAAGUCUAGAGCCAAACUCAUCUCCACGUCGACUUCAGAGCUCAACUGGCAGAAGCACGUUGCGAUUUGUGCUACAAGCUGAUGGCACACUUGGACCAGCAGUGCUGUCCUUGCUCGAGAUAGAGUCAGAACCGUCUGUGCCUGCGGCACGAUGCAGUAUCGAGCGUUCCACGACAUCAUCAGCGGCAAACGUCAAUCCCCAUCGGCAUCCAGUACCCGGCCUCAUCGCGCUGUUGCAUGCUGACCAAUCUCGAAUACAGUUGAGCUAUCGGUGUAUGUGCCAUGGGUGUGUGCUGGCAGAAGUCAGUCUGCGUUUGGAGCGCUUACAUCCGCAAGCCGUAGGAGCGAUGUGGGCGGCUUCGCAAUUCAAAGCCGCCAGCCUCGCUCCGCCAUUGAUUCACUGCCCUUUGCACAAGAAUUUCUUGUCAGCUUGCUGGUCACAGAGAGCGAUCGCCCGAUACCAUUACGUCAAGGAUCCUCCAAGUUGGGACGAGCUGUCAUCGCUUUCGAUGCCUUGGUGUUUCGCGCUUGCGCUGGCGCAUUCUACCAUCGGAAAGGAUGGAGGGAGCCAGGCUUCUCGAGGGUCCUUCUCGAGACAGGGGUUAUGGCACAAGACCACUCGAAUGAAAGAGGUGAGUAGAGACAGAGGGUAGUUGGUUCGCAAACGGUCGCGCCGCGUCCAGAGGCAACGCUGUUGGAGAAGAGGUCGAGUCUUGCGUUGUAGAGCAAUGAAGUCGGCACCCAUCGUCAGCAGCGCCUUGCCCUGAGAAAGCUGUGGAAGAGCGUGGAUCUGCUCAAGUGGAAAGAUUUGGCCGAGUGUGCCUGGAACUCAGAGUUGGCUGACAUCUGGCCGCAUCAUGUCCUCUGAUCGCGACAGGUCUAGAUCUUUGCCUCUGGGAGCUUCAAGACGCAGCCAACAUCGUCCAGUUUCAUGAUUGCGUUGAAGAGCUUACCUAGGGGUCGUGUGCAAGUCGUCCACGAAGAGCAGCAGAGCGGCAGCGUGCGGUCACUGAUUCAACGGCCUCGGGCGCUUCGGUACGCUCGCCGUUUCUACGGUCUCCGAUGAGCACGCGCUCAAGUGGCAGCUCCAGUGCUGAAUGGCUUGCCGAAGUGACUCGUCCGGGCUCUCGAGCAAUCUACGCCGCACGCUGGAGACAAGGAGUCGAC